AAAAUAUAAUGUAUUAGGGAAAAUAUGUCCUGUGAGUCCUUUAAAGAUCGACAGGAAAACGAACUCGAGGUUUUAAAGAGUAUCUUUGGAGACGAACUUCGUGACUUACGCAGUAGAAAAAAUAGGCAGAAAUGGCAACCAUUGGAUAUUUUGAUUACUUUGAAGCCUCAAAAAGGCAUGUCAGGACCAGCCGAAGUUUACGCACAAAUAGAUCUACAUGUAACGUGCAACGAUAAGUAUCCUGAUCAAGUGCCGAAAAUAGUAUUACAAAAUAGCAGCGGGUUGUCUCAUCAACAAAUUGCGGUAUUAUAUACUGAAUUAGUGGAACUGACAAAACGACUACAAGGAGAAGUAAUGAUCUUUGAAUUAACGCAACAUGUUGAGAGAUAUCUACACGAGAACAACAAACCAAGCUACAGUAGUUUCUAUGAAGAAAUGGUGUCACGACGCCAGGAAAAAAUUGAAUAUGAAAUGUUGGAAAAGCAACUAAAGGAAGAUAAAGAAAGACAGUUAUUGCAGGAUGAAAUCCAAAAAAGACAAGAGGCCUUAAAAGCUGAGCUUCGUAAUCGGAAAGAAUCUAUUCGCUUGAGUGGUGACCGAUCACAUAAUCCAUUCCAAUCAAUACCGUCAUCUCCUCAAGAAAGAUCACGGACAUAUUCUCGAAGACGAUGUGUUAGUAGUUCUGAAAGUUCUGAUAGUUUUUUAUGCGACCACAGAGGUACAAAAUUGUUAAACUUCGACUAUAAUAAAGACGAACGACAAGUGUGCAGAGCAAAAUGUAUGGGCCAUAGCAGUAAAGGAUCAGUUGUUUAUGCAGGUGUAGAUAUGGCAACAGGAGAAUUGUUUGCAAUUAGUGAAUGGACAUUAAAUAUAAAUAAUAAAAUUGAAGAAAACAGUGCCCAACACAUUAUGAAACAAGUAGGAAGUUUAGAACAAGAAGUAAAUCACUUACAUAAAUUACAUCAUUCAAAUCUUGUGCAUUAUUUAAAUAUGAAGCAUCUACAAGAUGGAGACAAUGUACUUAUCUAUGUUCUACAAGAAUUUGUGGUAGGUACCAGCUGUUCAUUUUUCUUAGUGGAAAACAUUCCAGUAAAUGUUGAUCUUCUUCGGUAUCUGGCAGCUGGAAUCCUUUCUGCCUUAAGAUACUUACAUGAGAAUAAUGUUGUGCACAAGGAUUUACGCGACACGAGUAUCUACAUUGAUCAUACAGGAACAGUUAGGUUGUCAGAUUACUCCCUGAAUAAAAGAUUGUCGGAUAUUUAUCAGACAUGCACUGCAGUUAAGCCUGAACCAGAUUUUCCCAGCAUUCAAGGUAGAGGUGGAAAAAAGGCAGAUAUUUACCGUUUUGGUGUCCUUAUGUUUUCUUUAUUGAAUGGAAACAUAGUUUCUGGAGAUAAAAUUGAUCCAACAGUAAUUACACAGCCCGAUCUUCAAGAUUUCUUAUUAAAGUGUCUUAACAACGAUGAAAGAAAGCGUUGGUCAGCCGAACAAUUGCUACAACAUUCGUUCAUAAAAGCCCCUUUAGUUCAUGCUUUUUCGCCUCCAAAAAUACCACGGAGAGAUGAACAAGAGGAUCACGAGCCAGGAGAGCCGGAUACGGAUAUUCGACAAUAUGUACCUCCGUUAAAUGGUCACUCCAGAAUUACAAAUGAAUUUGAAAUUCUUGAGUGGCUUGGUAAAGGUGCUUUCGGCGAUGUUCUUAAAGUGAAAAACAAAUUAGAUGGUGGAAUUUACGCUAUAAAAAGGAUAGAACUGAAUCCAAAAAACAAGCAGCUCAAUAAGAAAAUUACUAGAGAGGUGAAGUUGUUAUCUCGAAUGAAUCAUGAAAAUGUAGUACGAUAUUACAAUUCGUGGAUAGAAAGCGCUACUAUAACUGAAACCGAAGAAUCUAUAUCCAUCACGCCUUCUGAGAAGAAAAAUCAAGACACUUUUAACCAUUUGGGAACAGAUGAUAUUGAAAAAUUGGCACCAUCUUUGCAAGAUGUUGAAUGGAAUGUUUCAUAUAAAUCUCGAACAAACACAACACUUCCAGCCGACAGUGAUGAAGAUAACAGUGAUGCUUCGAGCGAUACUGAUAGCGACGAAGAUUGUGGGUUUUUAAUGCAGAAUCUUUUGAGAAUGGAUUCUUCUGACAGUAUUGAGUUUGAAAGGGACUCAAACUAUGAAGCAUCCGAGUCAAACAUAAAAAAUGAUGAAAAUGAGGAUGACGUUGUAUCAAAUGAGUCAAAAGAAAAAAUUAGAGAGAUUCAAUUUAUGUACAUUCAAAUGGAGUUCUGUGAAAAGAGUACUUUGCGAACUUUCCGUGAAAUUGUUGAAGGUCUAGCCCAUAUUCAUCAACAAGGAAUGAUACACAGGGACCUGAAACCAGUAAAUAUCUUUUUGGAUAGUAAUGAUCAUGUAAAAAUUGGAGAUUUUGGUCUGGCAACCACAAAUGUACUUCCAUCCUUUGUACAAACCAUAGAAACCGACAAGGAAAUUCACGGUUUAGAAAAAGGAAUUAGUUUUGGCACAGAAGAUGUAGGUUCUCUAACAGGACAAGUAGGCACUGCACUCUAUGUAGCACCAGAACUUACGACGAAAGCAGCAAAAGCCAUUUAUAAUCAAAAAGUCGAUAUUUACAGUCUUGGAAUAAUAUUGUUUGAAAUGUGUUACAAACCAUUAAGUACAGGAAUGGAACGAAUUAAGGUUUUACUUAAUUUACGAUUGAAAGAAUCCGUAUUUCCUUCAGAAAUGCAACAAGCAGACAUGUCACGGCAAAUUCAUAUUUUGCGAUGGUUAUUAAACCACGAUCCGAGUCAACGACCUACAGCUCAAGAACUGCUUUCUUCAGAAUAUCUACCUCCGCCACGACUUGAAGAAACGGAGCUGCAAGAAAUGAUUCGACGCACUCUUUCGAAUAAUCAAAGCAAAGCAUAUAAAUAUUUAAUUUCGUGCUGUUUCACGCAAGAAGUUAGUCCAGCAGACGAUAUUACUUAUGAUAUGAAUUUGCCUAACAGGGGACAUAUCAACUCUAUUGCUUGGAGAAAGCAUCAGGAAGGAGUCAAGACCAAAGUAAUCGAAAUUUUUCAAAGGCACGGUGGUGUUUAUUUAGGAACACCCCUAUUGAUACCAAAAUCGUAUCAGUUCUGUAGUUUUUCAAAUUCCAGUGUAAAAUUAAUGACACGUAAUGGGAAUAUUGUUUGUAUUCCCCAUGACUUACGUACUCCGUUUGCACGAUAUAUCGUAUGGAACAAUGUGCCACAUACUAGAAGAUAUGCUAUCGAAAAAGUCUUUAGGGAAAAGAAGGUUCUGGGUUUUCAUCCUAGAGAACUUUACGAAUGCGCAUUCGAUAUAAUAAGUCCUACUCCUAAUAAUUUGCUAAUGGAAGCUGAAUUAAUAUACAUUGUCUGGGAAAUUAUUAACGAAUUACCUCCACUACAAGAACGAAAUUUUACUGUUCGCUUGAAUCAUACUUCUUUAUUGCAAGCUGUAUUAAUGUAUUGCGGAGUUGAUCAAGAAAAAUAUCAAGAUAUUUAUUCAAUUCUUCGGGACGCACGUGAUGGAAAAUUUACGAAGUUUCAAAUACAGACGCAUUUAAUAAGUUUAUGUUUAACUGAUCAAGCUAUGGAGACAUUAUUUAAUUUAUUUGAGACUGAAAGUUCUGUUGCCAAAAUUCAUAGCGUUUUAAAAACAAUUACAAGAAGGAAAGGAGAUGCUGCUGCUUUGGCUAGAGAAGGACUAAGAGAAAUUGAGAUGGUUAUGGAGAAUAUUGAAACACUUGGUGUGAAGUGGCCAGUAGUUGUAGUUCCUCUCCUAGUGCAUAAUAUUAGUCAACAUAGUGGUAUAAUAUACCAAUUAACGUGCGAAGUUAAACGACGUAAAAAGAAAGGUGGAGAGGAAGUAAUAGCAGCAGGAGGCCGUUACGAUAAAAUGCUUUCUUCAUUUAAAAAACUUGUCGAACGUACAGAAAUGGCUAGUAAAGAAAUUAAGCAAUAUGGUGCUGGAAUUAGUAUAUCUUUAGAAAAACUUGUUUCUGCAGUCUCUGAAACAUCAGAAUCUUUGGAAUGUACUAAAUACGGUAUUGACAUUGCCAUUUCUUGUAUGGGCAAUCAUCAUCGAGAAAAAGAAAUGAUUGAUCUUUUGAAAGAAUUAUGGAAUUUUGGAUUGAAAGUUACAAUUCUAGAUCUAACUUCUCUUGAAGAAAUUCUCGAACAUUGUCGAGAAAACUCAAUCAAUCAUGUUAUUCUGUUAAAAAGUGGAGAAAAGGGAAGCAUAAGAAUUCAAAGUUGGGAACGUGACAGAUUUCAAGAAAAAAGAAUGUCGAAUCAAGAAGCUGGAGAGUUCUUUCAAAGACUGGAUAACUCUAUACCUAUACUAAAUAGAUCAGACAGCAAAACAGCUGCAACAGCAACAACAACGAGCGAUAAUUUUUUAAGUAAUAAUAAUCCAGUUAAUGUUAAUAUCAAUUUUAUUUUAUCUGAAAGAGAUAAACUUUCUGGUAGUUCCAGAAGAAGUUUGAAGAAUUCUAUGGUUUCACAAAUGUUUACAUAUUUUCAAAGAAUUUCACAUAAGAUUCCCAUUGAAAUAUUUGCAGUAUUUUUAGAAAUGAAUGUAAUAAGAACGAUAAUAAGCUUUUUGGAAAUUGACGAAGAAGACCAAAAUUUUGUGAAAAGCGUACUAGUUAUCAUAGAUAAACAUCCAAGGCAUAAGAAAUACAUAAAGGAGAUAUGUGAAAAGAUGCAAGAAGUAAGAAAAGAAAAACAACGACCAGUACUGAUAUUAUAUAGUUUAAUUGAUAGUCAAUAUAUGACUCUCCUAUAA